AUGCAGGCCAAAAAACGGUAUUUAGUUUUGUUCUCUGCUGGCGUGUGUCUACUUCUGCUUUUUUGUUUCGGGGGUAUUCAAGUCCCACUAUCCAGAAGAGGUCUAAACCGGCGUGAUGCGCGAAGUCUUCAUUCCGGGCCGCGGUGGAGUCGCUCCCCCGGCGUCGUUCAACCUUUCAGCGCAGGGGAGCAAGACCCCAACGACGAUGCGAAUGGGCACAUAUCUCCUAAUCAAAGGAGAGAAGCAAUCCCUGGCGUCUUCUCCGGAAAACGUUGCAGAAUGGAGUCCUGCUUUGACAUGUCUCUUUGUGAGAGAAACGGCUUCAAAGUUUACAUUCAUCCCCAGCAGAAAGGAGAGAAAAUGUCCGAGAGCUAUCAGAACAUUUUAUUAUCUAUUGAAGCCUCUAGGUUCUUCACACCGGAUCCAGGCAAGGCAUGCCUGUUUGUUCUGGGUUUGGACACAUUGGACAGGGACCAACUGUCACCACAGUAUGUGCACAGCCUAAAGGCAAAAGUCCAGAGUCUUCCUCUGUGGAAUGACGGUAAAAACCACAUCAUCUUUAACCUGUAUUCCGGCACGUGGCCUGACUACACGGAAGACCUGGGCUUCGACAUUGGCCUCGCCAUGUUGGCUAAGGCCAGCAUCAGCAUAGAGAACUUUCGGCCUAAAUUUGAUGUAUCCAUCCCCCUUUUCUCAAAAGAACAUCCCAGGACAGGAGGGGAACGGGGCUACCUUAAACACAACACCAUCCCACCAUAUCGGAAAUACACAUUGGUGUUCAAGGGGAAAAGAUAUUUAACUGGAAUAGGGUCUGACACAAGGAAUGCCUUGUACCAUGUGCAUAAUGCAGAAGAUGUGGUCCUUCUCACCACCUGCAAGCAUGGGAAGGACUGGCAGAAGCACAAAGAUGCACGCUGUGACAAAGACAAUGCAGAAUAUGACAAGUAUGAUUACAGAGAGAUGCUGCACAACUCCACUUUCUGUCUAGUUCCUCGAGGACGUCGGCUGGGUUCCUUUCGUUUCUUAGAAGCAUUGCAGGCAGCCUGUGUUCCAGUGAUGCUAAGUAAUGGCUGGGAGCUGCCUUUUUCUGAGAUCAUUGACUGGAACACUGCAGCUGUGAUUGGUGAUGAAAGGUUGCUUCUUCAGGUUCCUUCAACAGUUCGCUCCAUCCACCAGGAUAAAAUUCUCUCCCUGAGACAGCACACACAGUUCUUGUGGGAGGCCUACUUCAACUCUGUAGAGAAAAUAGUUUUGACCACACUUGAGAUCAUCCAGGAUCGGGUGUUACAGCACACCUCAAGGAGUAGCCUCAUGUGGAAUAGUCUUCCUGGUGGUCUUUUCGCAUUGCCCCAAUACUCCACAUACCUUGGAGACUUCCCUUUCUACUACGCUAAGCUUGGUAUCACGACCUACCCCAAGUUUACAGCUGUAAUUCAUGUGGUGACCCCAUUGAUCUCGCAGUCCCAGCCAGUCAUGAAGCUGCUCGCUGCUGUAGGCAAAUCACAGUACUGUGCACAGGUGAUAGUUGUGUGGAACUGUGAGAAAUCAUUUCCUGUAAAGCACCGUUGGCCUGCCACCUCAGCUCCUGUCAUUGUAAUUGAGGGGGAAAGCAAGGUUAUCAGCAGCCGCUUCUUGCCGUAUGACACAAUCCCCACUGACGCGGUGCUAAGUCUCGAUGAGGAUACUGUGCUCUCCACCACAGAGGUGGAGUUUGCGUUCACAGUGUGGCGUAGUUUUCCAGACCGCAUUGUUGGGUACCCAGCCCGCAGCCACUUCUGGGACAGCAACAAGGAGCGUUGGGGCUACACUUCAAAAUGGACCAACGACUACUCCAUGGUGCUGACUGGAGCUGCCAUCUACCAUAAAUACUACCACUACCUGUACACCACAUACCUUCCAGCCAGUCUGAAGACUAUAGUGGAUCAGAUGUCAAACUGUGAGGAUAUUUUGAUGAAUUUCCUUGUGUCGUCUGUUUCUAAGUUGCCUCCAAUCAAGGUCACCCAGAAGAAACAAUACAAGGAAACCAUGAUGGCUCAGAGCUCCCGAGCUUCUCGCUGGGCCGACCCGGACCAUUUUGCUCAGCGUCAGACUUGCAUGAACAAGUUUGCCAACUGGUUUGGCAUCAUGCCACUGGUUCAUUCACAGAUGAGACUUGACCCGGUCCUCUUUAAAGACCAGGUGUCCAUACUGAGGAAGAAAUACAGAGACAUUGAAAGGCUAUAA